AAAUAGAAGGGUUUGGCAAAAUUUGGUCACUGUUUGCAAAUUCUUCAUCAAAUGACAAACAUGACUGCGGCCAUGUUUCCUAGACAAACACAAACAUGGCCAUCUUUUCCAAAAUCAUGAAACAAAUUAAGCUCAUGAGCCAAGGCUCUACUGUGAUCCUACUUUCAUGUCUGGCUGUGUGAUUUGCAUAUCCUCAAAAACAAUUUGAAAGUAGGCAAUGGGAGCCUCAGAGAAGAGCCACGGCUGGAGAGCCACUUGCCUAUCAUGCAGGAGGCCCUGGAUUCAAUCCCCAGCACCACCACCAAAAGGGACAAAAAAAGAGCAUGUAGCCAUACACAUACAAAAUGAGAAAAUAGUAGAAUUUAAGGACACAAGAAUUUGUACUGAAAUUCCCACUUUGACCACUUUCCUUUACAAGUCCCCUCUUUACUGGAAAUUUUAAACUCACAGAUUCUGUCGCUUUCCUCGGAACUUCCUGGACCCUGUGCAUGCAGAGGGUGUCACCUGGAGCUUGAGCAGCAGCACACAGAUAUCAAAGACAAUGGCCAAGAACAAAUUAACAGGGCAGAAGUUCAGGAAUGUAUUUCACAUAGCCAGGCAAAAGAACUUUAAGUCCAAAAACAAAGCAAAACCAGUCACCACUAAUCUUAAAAAGAUAAACAUUGUAAAUGAUGAAAAAACUCUUAAUGCUUUUGUAAACAUUCAGAAGGAACUUGCAAAUUUCUCAAAAAGGCUUCCUCUUGAACCACUGGAGAAAGAGCUGAAUAAUCAGCAGCAUCAUGAAGAUGAACCAGUUAAUGUUGAUGAAGUUGCAAGAUUAAUGGCUCAACUGUAAUACAAUGGAGAUGUAUCAAAUUCCGCCAAAAAACUCAAUAAGUAUUUAUAGAUUCUAUCGCUUUCAUUUUUCAAUGAAUUCCAGAACUUUCUGAAGACUGCUCGUAGUCUUAUAUAGCAAGUUACUAUAUUUAUGUAAGUGUAAAUUGACAAAGCAGGCCCACCUACUCUUAGUGGGGACACAUGGGUACAUAGUAUCAUAAUCUCCCAUUUGGGGUGUGUGUGUGUGGGGGGGGGUGCUGGAGAUUGAACCAGGGCCUCAGGCAUCCUAAGGAGGCCUCUCCUACUGGGCUGCAUCCCUGGCCCUCACAUCAGUUACAGAUUCUGUUCUGCUCUGCACCACUUUACCACUGUGGCUAAAAUUAAGAAUCAUGGUACUAUUUGGAAGGCGACACCCUCAGGAGACCACAUUCCUGUUUAAACGCUCAAAUCUCCUUUUAAUUCUUUCUCACAAAGAAAACCAGUUUGGCCCACUUUCAGACAGUGCUUUUUACAAAAUUUUUCCUUGCCUCUGCUUCCCUGUAAUUUUCAGUUUUUAUCAUUUUCUUGUUCCUCUUCUCAAUGAGAGUGCUUAGCUAACUGAGAAGAAGCUAAUGCAAAGUCCAAGAUUAAAAACAUCUGGACAAUUCACCCCACCAUUCAGUGGUACCUUUCCUGGUCACAACUAUCACCAGCUUUUCUCAGUUUUAAAAUAAAUUCACAUUUACAGUUAUUAGGAUACGUAGAAGAAGGCUAUGAGUGAAAGGGAAUGUAUCUUUGCU